GCUGGGAGGCGAAAAAUGGCGCCGACGUGAGCGUGAGCCCGCGGCCACCGAAGGAGUCGCCGCAGCCUUAGCUGGCGCCGCCGGAGUCGCGGGAACAAGAGCCCGAACCAGGCCGAGGAUGGAGGAGGAAACCUCGGGUCCCAGCCCGGACAUGCCGGCCACUGCAGAGCCCAGCUCCUGUGAGACCGACAAGGAGGUGUCCCCAGUUGUUGCUGCUGUAGCCACCUCCUCUUCCAUGGGGGAGGAGCCAGGCUCUGACCAGGCAGCCACACCGCCAGUGUGGGAACGUGGAGGGCUUGGAGGGACCCAGCAGGGUGCCUCCCCAGCCCCAGACAGUGGCCAUGCUGGCCCUGGACCCGGCCUUGGCCUGACCAGCACUGUCUCCGGAACCAGUGAGGACCUGCGGCCUCCCAGACGACGCCCACCACCAGGGAAGCAGAUACCCUGCUCCAGCCCUGGCUGCUGCCUCAGUUUCCCAAGCGUUCGAGACCUGGCACAGCAUCUGCGUACCCACUGCCCACCCACGCAGUCCCUGGAAGGCAAGCUCUUCCGCUGUUCCGCCCUGAGCUGCACCGAGACUUUCCCCAACAUGCAGGAACUGGUGGCACACGGCAAGCUGCACUACAAACCCAAUCGCUACUUCAAGUGUGAGAACUGCCUCCUGCGCUUCCGCACGCACCGCUCCCUCUUCAAGCACCUGCAUGUUUGCGCCGAGCAUGCGCAGAGCCCAGCCCCACCGCCACCCCCCGCCCUCGACAAGGAGCCACCAGCGACCGAGCGCCUCCCGGAGUCCGACCCUGCGUCGGCGCCUGGGCUACAGUUCCCGCUGCUCGAGCCGUUCACGACCCCUGCCCCUGCCCCCACCGGGCCCUUCCUGCCCUACUUGAACCCCGCGCCUUUUGGCCUAAGCCCUCCACGCCCGCGCCCCUUUCUGGCCGCCGCUCCCGGGCCGCCCGCCUCCAACGCCGCAGUCUGGAAAAAGAGCCAAGGUGCCGGCGGCAGCCCGCGAAGACCCCAGGGCGGCUCCGAUACGCCCUCAGGGCACGCGGCCCCGAGCCGCAUCGUGUGGGAGCACACGCGCGGCCGCUACUCGUGCAUGCAGUGCGCCUUCUCCACGGCCUCGCGGCCCGCCAUGACCCUACACCUGGAGGACCACCGCCCCAUCGCCCCCGCGGCCCCGGCGCCCGGGCAGCCGCGCCCCGACGCGCCGGCGGACCCGGCCCCGCUGGCACCCAAGGUGUCGCCGCUGCUGUCAGAGGGGGAGUGUCCGGUUUUCUCGCCGCUCUGAACCACGCCGCGUUGCGGGUGGGCUGUGGGUAGUUUUGUAAUUUUAGAGGGGCCUGCGAUGGGCGGGGUGGCGGGACAAUAAAGGAGGCAGAUGAGCCA